AUGCCGCACGAGAAGUUCUACACCUGCUGCGACGAACCCUACCUGGACAUCACUUUCAACAUCACGAUGCGGCGGAAGACUCUCUUCUACACCGUCAACCUCAUCAUCCCUUGCAUGGGAAUCUCCUUUCUCACUGUGCUAACGUUUUACCUCCCCUCGGACUCCGGCGAGAAGGUGACCCUCAGCAUCUCCAUCCUCAUCUCCCUCCACGUGUUCUUCCUACUGGUGGUGGAGAUCAUUCCUCCAACGUCGCUGGUGGUGCCGUUGCUGGGGAAGUAUCUCAUAUUUGCCAUGAUAUUAGUUUCAAUAAGUAUAUGCGUGACGGUGUUGGUCCUGAACGUCCACUUUCGUUCGCCUCAGACCCACAAGAUGGCGCCUUGGGUGAGACGGGUCUUCAUCCAUAUUCUGCCCAGACUGCUCAUCAUGAAACGACCACAGUACCAGCAGAAUAAGCACAGCAGUCUGAAAAGUGAAUUCAAAAGAAAUUUACUUGUAAGAGACACCCCACCCCCUAAAGAUACUUGCUGUGAAAAAUGUAACCUCAAAUAUCUACUUAUGUUGAAGGAUCCCAAGAAAUCGACAUGUGGUAAAGACCCCAGGAAAUUAACUUUUAGAGAUUGUUCCCCAGCAAUCUUCAUGUCCGAAGGACCCCAAGAAACUGUAGUAGAUGACCCCAGAACACCUGUUUGCAUUGAAGGAUCCCAAGCAAUCUACUUGUAG